CAGGUUAUGAGUUGAAAGAGGAGCACAAGAAGUAAUCCACAGCCACCGCCCAGCUACAACCAACCACAGCCGCGAUAAGGAUCUGGUCCCCCACGCUACUCUGACGACACCUCCAGCAGCACGUGCGACGACACCCGCCGAUCUAUCUUAGGUUUACGUCCAUUGCCCCGUCCUGAAUCCUGGACCUUCUCUUUUCACGCGUCCUCUGCUCCACCACGCAGCCCACCGCAACCCGCAGCUGUCUACGUCUAUAUAUCCACCUGCAUCCUCGCAACUAUAUCCCCUUUCCCACAUCCAGUUACAGAGCCUACGCCACCUUUCACUUCCGCUCACCACCAAGGACAUUCUUCAUGACCUCUCCCAUCCCCAUCAAUCCCGACGCUACCGCGGCCCGCCAGGCCUCUCCGCCAGGCCUCUCGACUACUACCCCGGGAUCUUCCGCUUCAUCCAUCUCCCCGCAUACACCCUUCUUCCCACCCCCAGGCCUUGCCGCAUCCGCCACACCCACCCAGCCCAGUUCACUUUUCAAAUGGGCUGCUUCUUUCGGAAGAUCACCUCCCAAGCCUCCGAUGAUGGGUGUGGAUGGUAGCCAGAAAAAGGCGGGAACUGAAGGAGCCGAGCAUGAGAACGUCCCUUUCGAGUUCGGGGACUUUAGGGACACCAGCGCUCAGUCAUGGGCAAAUGGAAGAAGAGCAAUGUCUGUUAGCGCUCCAUAUGGCGGUCCCGGUCAGAGUGGAAUCACAGAAUUGUUGAAAAGCAAUGGGUCGUACUCGCCUACCGAGCCAAAGGGCGUUAUGGCCGAUAAGGUGGCAAGAGGCCAAGGUGUUCUCAGAAGAUUGAGCAUGGGCGGGUACAAGGGUAUCAUCUCUCCACCUCCUCAAAACUCUACUCUUCCGCCAUCACCUUCGCAGCCUGCGACUUUGCCACCUCCCGCCCCUCCCGCACCCACUCCUGUUGGCUCUCAAGGCGCUGCCGAGAUCAACAAGGCUGCAGCCCUCGGCGCCAACACACGUGUCCGGGGCAGGAGAUACUCUGAGACUGCAGGAACAAGGAAAAGGGGUGUUUCUCCUAUGGGUGAGCGUCUCUUGAGGGAACAAGGUCACUUUUAAGGCUCUGGCUAUCAUCUUAUAUGGUGGAUUGAUUAACCAAGGAAAAAACCAUCAAAGUUGUAUAUCAAGGUUCAGAUAGUUGUCACCCACUGCAAAGCAUAGAAAAUACCAAAAAAGAAAUGACGUUGUAGCAAGUGCUCGAGGUUACCGGAUGACCAAAGUGGGGUUGAACAGAGUUGUGGCGACGAAUGAACUUGGCUAGUAACGAGGCUUGAUCAUUAUUUCCGAUCUUCUCAGUGUUAUUUGUAGUAUUAUACGACGGCUUCUUACAUUGAAAGUCUUUUCCACACUUAUGUAUAGUAGUUUACUCGUAAUAACGCAGCAGGACUGGUACCCAAACCUUAUGAAGAAUGUUCCACUUGGC